UUACGCGCGAAAUCGUAUAGUUACUUGUGUAUCUGUGGUAAUUAGAACUACGGAUUAUUUCGUGUUGUGCUUUUUUAAUGGAGUGAUUUAAAUUUUUCUUAUCUAUUCCGAUAAUUAUAGAUUGAUAUCAAGUCCAACUUACAAUAGAGCACAGAUUAAAGAGCAUACAAGAUGGCGCCACAAGAGCGAACUUCAUGCUGCGAAGAGGACUCCCGCCAAUCGGGGUCCAUAGAUAAUAAUCUUUCAAAUAUCGACCUAUCAGGCAGUUUCGUCAACAAAGGCUUCACCAAUGACAGUACAGAUAACGUCGCCGCAAAGAACACAGAUAACGAAGACAACAGGAAGAAAGUCACGGACUUUGAUGAUCUGUUACCAUAUGUUGGUGAAUUCGGAAUAUAUCAGAAGAUAUUGUUUCUUAUGAUGAUACCGUUCGCUUUCUUCGUUUCAUUCGUUUAUUUCUCGCAAAUCUUCAUGACCAUCGUACCGGAACAGCAUUGGUGCUGGAUUCCAGAGCUCGCCAAUUUAACGGUGGAAGAGAGACGAGCCCUCGCCAUCCCUCCCAAAACAGAUGGACCUUUCGCCCACGACCGUUGUCAUAUGUUCUCCGCGGAUUGGACCGCCGCUCUGGCCCAAGGUCGGACUACCCCUGAUGAUGAAUGGCCGAUCAUACCCUGCACACACGGCUGGGAGUACAACAGGAGCGAUGUGCCGUAUGAAACUAUUGCCUCACAGCUUGAUUGGGUUUGUGACAAGGACAACCUACCUGCCACAGCCCAAGCAAUAUUCUUCUGUGGGGCCAUCGUCGGAGGUCUGGUCUUCGGCUGGAUAGCUGAUAAAUACGGCAGAAUACCUGCUUUAGUUGGUACAAAUCUGGUGGGAUUCGCGGCGGGGAUAGCGACAGCGUUCUGUAACACUUUCUGGUCCUUCGCGCUCUGCCGGUUCCUGGUGGGGCUCGCAUUUGAUAACUGCUUCACCAUGAUGUACAUUCUUGUAUUGGAAUACGUCGGACCAAAAUGGCGUACGUUCGUAGCGAAUAUGUCUAUAGCCAUAUUCUUCACCCUGGGGGCGAGUUUGUUGCCCUGGAUCGCUCUGUGGGCUGACGACUGGAGGCGAUACGCUUUGGGUAUCAGUGCCCCCUUCAUAAUCGCUGCGGCGACCCCGUGGCUGGUACCGGAGAGUGCGAGAUGGCUCCUCUCCCAAGGAAAGAUCGACAAGGCGUUGGUGAUCAUGAAAAAAUUCGAAAGAAUCAACAAGACGAAAAUCCCAGACAAAGUUCUCAGUGAAUUUACCGAAGCUUCCCACAAAGCGAUCAAGGAAUCCGAAGCUGAAUCCAAAACGUAUUCAGUUCUGGACAUCUUCAGAACUCCUCGUUUGAGGCGGAACGCGUUACUGCUCAUCGUCAUCUGGAUGGCGAUCUCUCUGGUCUUCGACGGACACGUCAGGAAUGUGGGGUCGUUGGGUCUGGACAUCUUCCUGACGUUCACGAUAGCCACGGCAACGGAAUUUCCCGCAGAUACAUUUUUGACAGUCGUUUUGGAUAGAUGGGGUAGAAGAUGGCUCGCCUGCGGGUCCAUGGUCAUCAGCGGCAUCUUCAGUCUCCUAGCUACAGCGGUUCCAGUUGGCGGCCCGUCGGCGUCGCUGGCGAUCCUGGGCCGCUUCGCCGUGAACAUCUCGUACAACAUCGGGCUGCAGUACGCGGCCGAGCUGCUGCCGACGGUGGUGCGCGCGCAGGGCGUGGCGCUCAUACACAUCAUGGGUUACGUCGCCUCCAUCCUCGCGCCCUUCGUCGUCUACCUGGCUAAUAUAUCCCAAGAGCUCCCUCUCCUGAUUCUCGGAGUUUUGGGCAUAAUCGGGGGAGUCCUCUGCCUGUUGCUGCCCGAGACUAUGGACACAGAGAUGCCGCAGACCCUGGCUGAUGGAGAGAACUUCGGCAAGGACCAGCGGUUCUGGGACAUGCCCUGCUUCCCACGCAAGAAGCAAGCGCGCAGCGAGCCGCCGCCGCCGGGCGCGGGCGAGCUGGCGUUCGCGCGCGCGCUGCCGGCCCGCGCCUCGCGCGCCUCCGUGCGCGCCUCCGUGCGCCUCUCCGCGCGCUCCAGACGCGGCGCCGCCGACGCCGUCUGA